AUGCGUGUCAUUUCAAUGCAGAGUGAUGGAAGCAUCGUUGGAGUCUUUGCCCGAUGGGUGAAAGCUGUUGAAGCUGUAGAGGCUAGUAUUAAGGCGAAUAGAUAUAUCUUCAUGCACAACGAGCAUCUUAUUUUUUUCGGUACGUGCCCAUCGAACUUGGGUACAGGAUUGCUGUGCACACCUCAUGGCCUGCAGCCAAGAGGAUCUGCUGGUGAACACUCGGCUGCUGUUGGUGGCAUGUGA